AUGAAGACCGGCCUCUUCGUGUAUGCCGCUCUCUUCGCCGCAACUGUAGUGCAAGCCCACGAUGCGUCUCACGACGUCGUGAAGAACGUUUCCCCUGUUUCGAAUCCCGAGUCAACUCCGGAUGUGGUGAAGAGGAUGCUGAAGUCGAUCAAGCACAACGACGUGAAGCCGUUUCCUCAGCCAGAGCCCACGACAUUGUCCGAGAAAGCGGGCGUCAAAUUCAAACCUGAGCUCCACAUUACUAACGGAUGCGCCUCGUACCCGUUCGUGAACGCAGCUGGUGAGAUUGGCGGCGGUCUCGAGAAUAGGGGAUCUUCGGAUGGCCAGUGCAAGGGAUCUGGGCAUGGGUCUCAAGUCUACGGACGCUCAGAUUGGUACAACAACAAAUGGGCCAUCAUGUACUUUUUCUACUUCCCGAAAGACUCGCCGUCUCAUCUUAUCGGCCGUAGCCACGGCUUCGAGCAGGCCAUUGUGUGGCUUGAAAAUCCUGCCACGAGCACAUCGGUGCUGGCGGUGUCGCUGACGAAAGGCCUUAAGUACUCGAAGAAGGUUGGACCAGACCUGAAAUACCUGAACGGGACGAGUGUCAAACUCAGCUACGAGAGGGCAGGUCCAUUGCGCUCUCACGUGCUCAGACUAACUGAGAAGGCUGGUGAUUCCCUGCCUCUGAUCAUGUGGGAGCAGCUGCCUCAAGUGGCUCGCGAUGCGGUCAACGCUUUUAGAUCGGAAGGAGAUAAGGUACCCAUCAGUGACAGUGAGUUUGUGGAAGAGUUGGGAAAGGCUUGGCCAUUCAAAUAG